GGGAACUGCACCAUCAUCUUCAUCAUCUGCACAGAGCGCUCCCUGCACAAGCCCAUGUUUCUGCUCCUCUGCAUGUUGGCCCUCACAGACCUGGGCAUGUCCACUACCACCAUUCCCAAGGUGCUGUGCAUCUUCUGGUUUGGCCAGAGUGAGAUCAGCUAUGUGGGAUGCCUGGUCCAAAUGUUCUUCAUCCAUUCCUUCUCUGCCUUGCAGUCAGCCAUUCUGAUGACCAUGGCCUAUGAUCGCUAUGUGGCCAUCUGUGAGCCCUUGCGCUAUGCCACCAUCCUUUCCAAUAGUCGCAUUGGGCUCAUUGGCCUAGUGAGUUUAAUGAGAGCUAUCCUUUUCAUUCUGCCCGUGCCUGUCCUCCUCCAAAAGAUGCCCUUUCGUGUAAAUCACAUCAUUUCCACCACCUACUGUGAGCACAUGGCUGUGGUGAAGAUGGUGUGUGUGGACACCACGGUCAACAGGAUGUAUGGUCUGGUGGUGGCCCUGUUGGUUGCUGGGCUGGACAUCUCAGCUAUUGCCUCAUCGUAUGUGCUUAUCAUCCGUGCUGUACUGCGGCUGUCUUCUAAGGAAGCCCACCACAAAGCUGUCAACACCUGCACCACACACAUUUGUGUCAU